ACCAAAAAACGGUCCACUGACGGGUGACGGUAGACUGGCGAGGUUGUCCCCCGUUCUCGUCAACUCUCCGCUUGUGGCAACCAACGUGGUAGCAGAAGUAAGCAGUUUCUCCCUCGGUGCUCCGACUUGAAACGACCUGGCCAGUAUCAACGCUUGAAAUUGUCACAUAGCCGAGUCCAACGCCUACCCAACUAUUGAGACGAAUAACUUCUCUUGCACAUACGAGAACAUUUUGUCCGUUUGUACCUCAUCCUGUUCAGGACUUGCAUUCUUCCCUUUGCAACCAGCAAAUCACAUGUACCUCGCCGAAAGAGUGACAAACCCCCCAUAUUCUGCAACUGCUUGGGGAAAAGUAAAGUGGGUUUCGUCAAUGCAGUCAAGUUGUCUGCAUCCUCUGCACCUGGACAGAUCAAGGGAUGCUCUCUUCAACCACCGACGCAAGUGCGUCAUUUGUGCCCAACGACGUCUACCUGAGACCAGACAGGCAGCCCUAUUUGGACCUUACAAACGAAGAUUGGUGUAUAGAGCCAAGAUCAGUUAUGCCAGUGUCCGUCUCACUUUCUUACGCUUAGACCCUGCCCGAUCACCUGGGUCGUUGAAGCACCCCGGCACCUUGCUUCAAAAAGUCAGGCAAACAUGGCACGUUCAGUAUCAUCGUGGGAGGAGGGAUUUCUGCCGCCAGUUUCCCCCCUUUUGCAAACAACAUAUCUUGGUGUCUGUAAUUGUGAGCGAGUCGGCUCUUUUUCUACCUCUGACGGCCAUGUGCCAGUUGGGUACGCCAUGCUGCUUUCGUGGCGGUCGACUCCCACGCCGUUGGGUUGGGUCUGAUCGACGCGCAUCAUUACAUGCUCCGUUGCUCACCGGACAGAUGUCCCAAUGAAGAGCCAUUGGGCAAUAAUAUUCGCUGCGCCAGCGAGUUGAAGAUUUUGCUGCCCGGUGGCUACAGCCGCAACGCAACAC